AUGGCUACCUUCACGUACGAUAUCACCUCCCCUGGACCUGCCGACGGUUCUCCCUCACCUCAGCUAAACACAGUGCACCUCCUGGAAGCGUACACCCCUGAUCCUUGGUCAGACGAAAAGCCCCAGCACCUCCUUCCAAUGCCCAUGCCCAUGCUCGUGCCCCUCUUCUCUGCGUCUGGCGACCUCUCUAAGGAUGCAGCAAGUGAGGUAUUUGCUGAUUUUUCUGCCCUGCCAUCCACCGUCUCUGGUCUCGAUGAGAUUAACUGGGACGAAUGGAUCCUGUUCGACCCCCCCCCAGUCGAUGUUCCCCCACCGUCACUCCAACUGUCGGAUUUCUCUGACGACCCCAUCGAGGGCCCAAGCCUGAACGACGUUGCUGAUGACCCACCCAAUCAACGAGAGCCAACCCCUUCCCUGGCCCCAGAAGAUCAUGAAGGCAACACAUCGAAGGAGCCGUUGAAUUACUCCGAUGGUUCCAUCGAGGCUGACCCACGCCUGGGCGAGGAACGCCACGUCCAAGCCCACCGAUCGGAGCAAGUUACCCCCCUGGUGUCCGACUGUUGGGAAGGUGAUGCGUUGGGGGAGACGCUGGAUAAGCAGGAAUACAUUAUCUUGCCCCUUUCUCAGGUGAAGAUUCUGAAGCUGGUGUAUAAGCGAGACGGGGAUGAGAUGUACCAGAUAGUAGGAUGGAUAGAUUUACAAGAAACACGCAGAUAUGGCAUACAAGGAAAGCCGUGGAAGUACUCAGGUUCUGCUGAGAGGGUUCCAGAGGGCUACGAGAUUUAUGCCAAGAUGACAUUGGACGAUUUGCAGGAGCAUGGAGGGUUGGGACUGCUGGCAGCCUACUGGAAUAACGAACGUCGUCGAACGAGGUCACAUGGAUUAUGUCAGCAUUGA